AAGCUGGAGAAUUUUACCUGCAAUCUGAGGGGUCUGAAGCACCCUCAGACAUGUCCAGUUCCGAGUCAUGAAGUCACCUUAAGACAGCUCGAACACAGCCGCUCGUCGGUCCUGCCUUACCCUGCCUUACUGUGUGAGUGGCCUCUGGCUUGAAACAUUGAUAGAGGUCGACUUGUCAAUCGACGGAGGGAUCUCGAUUUUUUUUGUACCUGAGGUCCGACUGUCACUUUUUUGACUGGCGAAGUCAGACCGUGUGACAUGCACAUGGACAGCUAAAACAUCAAAGGUACGCUCAACAACAGCUGGCAUCGUCUUGACCUCCCGUCAUGCGGAUUUUUGUGCUGAGCUGUGCCAUUGCACUGCUUCUCUCCGUCUCUAGUGCAGUUGCAGCAUUGACGAAUGCACAGCGACUAGCUCGUGGUCUGCCAAUUUUACCUCCCAAGUUUGGUCGCGCUCUGCCAGGUUAUGCAAGGACGCCAACAGUAGCUGGUACUUCUAAACCCAUAUCUCAAGUACUUGCACUAACUAAUGUAUUUACUGGUCGGAUCCUGGUCAAGAGCCACAAUGGCAAGCCACUAGGAUAUCUACAUAACCGGGUCUCAGGAAUAAAUGGCGUAAACUUUGGUGCCUCAAGCGCGAACCUGCACGUGUCGUUCACCACGUCUCGAUCUGGAAAGGGGCUUAUCGACAUACAGGUCAUCGACGCCGCAUUUCCUGGGCCUCAUUAUAUUGGGACGACCAGCAACCACACCCUCGCCACUGGCUCCUCAACAGCCGUCGGCUUUGGCAACGUCGUUAGAACUAUUUGGACAUUCAAUCCCAGAACUAAUGAACUGCAGGUGCACUACGUAAAUCUCGACGGCCAUACGGCAAAGACAACUAUCGCAUACAAGAUUCAUGACAACACCAUAUUCUUUGUUGGUGACAUCGGUGCCUAUAAUGCCGCUCAAGUCAAUCGUGAUUAUCACGUUUCACCUAUUACGUUUUACCUUGAUUCUGCGGUUGAAAAAUAAGGAAACGAUGUUCUAGAAAGGUUCUCCCUCUUCCAUCUUUUGACAUUCCCUUCAUUUUCUACGUCACUCUUUUAUUAAUUUCAGUUCAAGUCGUGGGUUCACCAAAUUGGGUCUCUCAUUCGGACUUUGAAAACUGCGUUGGUCUUUAGAUCUCUGACAUUCAUUUACAUACUGCCUAUUCCCAACUCGUACUAACUUGAAGUUUGAGCUGCAUGUGUUCUACACAUCUGGAAUAUAUACCUUAGACUGUUGUUCA